AGCCACGUACUCCCUCCCCAUUAUUAUUGUUAUUAUUAUUGUUCAUUAAAAGUUAGCUAUUAUUUUCACAUUCAACGUUGAUGGUUGGUCCAGCAUUUCAAAUGGAGGAAACCGGUGAAGCGUAUGUUCAAAGUUCGGUACAAGACACGUUGAAUGACAAUGGCAUAUCAAAGAGAAAGGCAAGGAAGAAAAGGAAGUUCUCUAUCGAUUACGACACGUCCCCCGAGAGCAAUAAUAAUGACAAAAGGCCUGGACUAAGGAAAAGGGGCUCCUUCACUUCCCUCAGCGCCGGGCCUCAGUGGGCCUUCAGUCUGAAGCGGAAGCGCAAAGAAAAGGAUGAAAAAGAUGAUUCAAUCAGUCUGUGCAGCUUUGACUUCAAGGAACCCAGCAACAAGCGUGUCCGUCCUCUCGGCAGGGUGACCUCGCUGGCUAACUUCAUCUCUCCCGCGAAGAAUGGGGCCGUCCGGCGCUUCGGCCAGACCAUCCAGUCCAUGUCCUUCCGGGGUGAUGGCAACGGUGGCAAGUCGCCGGGCGUGCCCCAGAAGCCUUGCAGCAAGCCGGCGGUGCCCACGCCGCCCAAAAGACGCAACAGCACACUGUGGUCUGAGAUGCUGGACGUCCACCAGAAAGGCACCUUCUCCAUCAAGGAGAUCAAGAGGCAGGAGGCCAUAUUUGAGCUGUCUAGAGGAGAACAGGACCUGAUUGAGGACCUCCAGCUUGCACGCAAGGCGUACCACGACCCAAUGCUGAAGCUGGGCAUCAUGUCGGAGGAGGAGCUGUCCCACAUCUUCGGAGACCUGGACGCCUACAUCCCCCUCCACGAGGACCUGUUGGUCCAGCUGGCCCGAGCCACCGGCCCGGACGGCACCGUGGGUCAGAUUGGCCAGAUCGUCAUCGGCUGGUUGCCUGGGCUGAAUGCAUACAGGGACUACUGCAGUAACCAGCUGGCCGCUAAGGCGCUGCUGGACCAGAAGAAGCAGGACCGGAGAGUGCAGGACUUCCUGCAGCGCUGCCUGGAGUCUCCCUUCAGCAGGAAGCUGGACCUGUGGAGCUUCUUGGACAUCCCCAGGAGCCGACUGGUCAAGUACCCGCUCCUGCUCAAAGAGAUCCUCAAACACACGGCGCCCGAGCAUCCUGACACGCCGCGCCUGGAGCGAGCGAUCGCCAUCAUCCAGGGCGUGCUGUCUGACAUCAACAUGAAGAAAGGGGAGUCGGAGAGUCAGUACUACAUCGACAAGCUGGAGUACCUAGACGACAGGCAGAGAGACCCACGAAUUGACCAGUGCAAGAGCCUGCUGUGCCAUGGGGAGCUACGCAACAAGAGCGGAACGAAGCUCCACGUGUUCCUGUUCACGGAGCUGUUGGUGGUGACCCGACCGGUGACACGCAACGAACGUCACUGCUUUCAGGUGUACCGACAGCCAAUCCCGGUCCAGGACCUGGUUUUGGAGGACCUACAGGACGGCGACGUCAAAAUGGGUGGCUCCUUCAGAGGGGCGUUCAGCAACGCCGACAAAGCCAAGAACAUCUUCCGUGUUCGUUUCCACGACCCGUCUCAGGGCCAGUCCCACACGCUCCAGGUCAAUGACAUCUUUCACAAGCAGCAGUGGCUCAACUGUCUACGCAGCGCCAUCUCCGUCCACCGCCCCGCGGACGCCGUCACGGCCACGCCCGCCGUCCACUCCACCAGCAGCUCGUCCCCCGCCUCUCCCAUCGUCGGCACGAAGGAGACUGACGAGAACUGCCCCCUGACGCCCACGGGCGCCAGGUCCGCCCCCAACUCACCCUGCGGGGACGACACCACCUCCACUUCAUCCUGCUCCUCAUCUGCCUCUUCGUCGCCGCUAUCCUCGCCGUCGCCGUCGCCCAAGCACAAAACCAAAAAGGACAAGCGCUCCCUCUGUUCCUUAGGGAAAAGAAAAGAGACCAUGGUAUAGUUGGACGAGGGGAGAGAAAGGACUCCUGGGCAUUGUUUGUUAAUAAGUUGGCAGAAGCAGAAGAGGAGAACUCUGCGUGGGACUAUUUAUGUGUCUGUGUUUAUAAUUACAACAGUGUUUUGUGUUACUGUCCCCAUAGGCAGCUAUUUACUUUACCCCACCCCCCGCUUGGUUUUGUCCACACAGGGUAAGACCAUAAAGAUGUCAUACUCUGGAGAGGCCUGUACGGCUUUCAGUAGUUCUAAAAGGGAGGCGUUAAAAGCAGCAAACAUUCAUACUUGUGUGUUUUAAAUGAAAAGUUGUGCUUGUAGUUAUGUUUAAUGUAUAAAAAAAAUAUAUUUAGAAUAUUCCUUAAUCUGAAUAUUACUGUAGCUCUUUGUUUUGAUUCGGCACUGUUUUUAGCUUUCAGCUGAAUUUAUUUAACCUUUUGGGGAUAUAAAUGGAGGUGGAUAGACGGGAUUGCCCACAAAAGAUAAGAUGUAUAUACAACUGAAAACUAUACAUUUCAAUGUAUAAGUCUGAUUUAUAGCUUUACUGGAGGACAAGUCUUAUUUUUGUACAUUCCUCUCUUUUUUUCUAUCUGGCCACAUUUUUGCAUCUACUGCAGUUGAAGGCAUUAAUUUAAAUCAAUUCAUAUUUUUAUGCAUUUAUAUGUAUUAUGUUUUUAAGAGAACAAAAACAUUUCUACAGAACGUAGUAAUGGCAUGUCAUUUUGAGGUAUUUUUUUUUACUACAAAGUAAAAACUAUAACUGAGCCAUGUUGGUUUAAAAGCUGACUCUUCUGAAGUAAAUGAAUCACUAUUCAAUGUAGCAGUCUGGCAUGGAACUUUAGUUGUUGACACUGCCGCUGGCCAAUCAGAGCUACAGCAGGAAUUACACGUGUCUGAUAGGGCAGGUCCAUUUAGGGGACAACGUGUAACUGAAAGAAUAAGAGUAUGUAAGAGCAGAAGGUUUGAGGGAUGUGAAAAAUGGGGAAAUGUUAAAUGUGUUGGAACUGAGAAGUUGGGUUUUUGUUUCAAGGUGUGUGUAGCCACUAGCCACAAAAGGAUUGAGCUCAGAGUGAGCUGUGAUGUGGUGCCUUGUCAAAAAAAUUGGAGGUUUGAGGCACUGGUGAAAAGCCAGUGAGAAAAUGAUAAAGAAAGACAUUGUAUGUUGGGAGAGGAGAAAACAUGAUGGUGUUUAUGAAAGUAUUGAAGGAAAAAGGUGAUAAUGAGAUGGUGUACUUUGGAACCAUCUAUGUGACUGCCAUGGCCUGUAUGUGGUGUAAAAUUAAAAUUAUAAUAAAGAUCUGUAAGAUUUGCA